AUGGCUUCGAUAUCCAUCAACGCUCCCGGGGCAUCCGGCUUCAUCUAUAACAAUGCCAACCUGGGGACUUCGCGCGUGUGCGUCACGGCCGAGACCCCGGAGUUCGACAACCAGACACUCCGCGCCUGGUCUGACGAGGGCUUCGAUGUGGUAUAUGUUCCGUUCAACAAUGGCGGCAAGGACUAUGCGGCUCGACUGAGGACGGUCAAGGAUGGCUUGGGUGUGGGUGACAACUAUGCCAUCAUCGCUUUCGGAGACGCCGCCUCCUACUGUCUGGACUACUUCCUGAAGCCGACCAACGCGAGUCGUCUGGCCGCUCUGGUCGCCUACUAUCCCACCACCAUCCCCGAUACCCGCAAUCACUACCCGCAAUCACUGCGGGUGCUCUGCCACUUGGCUGGAAACACCGUGGACAUGAUCACUAUUCCCACAGCUCUUGGCUUGCAGGGAAAGAAGAAGCGGACAACCAAGAAGAUCAACCCCGGCAUUGGAACAGGCGAGCGGCUGAACAUCGGCUGGCCGACGUUCACGUACGCGUCUGUGGAGCCUGGAUUCGCGGAGAGCGACUUGGAGGAGUAUGACCGGCUGGCGUCGGAUCUGGCUUGGAGCCGCACGCUGCAGGUGUUGCGCAAGGCCUUCGGCAAGGACCUUGAUCUCGAGUGGCGAUGGGAAGAGCAUCUGGAAGCUCGUUUCUUUUCCAUGAACCUCAAGGGCACCGUGGAACCGUAUGUAUCCCACCUCAACCCCGCCGUGACGAUCGCCCCCACGAUGAGCGGCGCGAUCGGCACGCACGCUCUGCGUCGAUUCUACGAACAUCACUUCCUGCGGAAGCUCCCGCCGUCGAUGCGUCUCCGGCUCAUUUCUCGGACGGUGGGCGCCGAUCGCGUCGUGGAUGAGCUGUACGCUUCCUUCGAACACACGGAGGAAAUCCCGUGGAUGCUGCCGGGCAUCCCACCGACCAACAAGCGGGUCGAGGUAAUCUUGGUGAGCAUCGUUAGCCUGCGCGCUGGUCGUCUUUACUCGGAGCACAUGUAUUGGGAUCAGGCGAGCGUGCUGGUGCAGCUGGGCCUGUUAGACCCCAAGUACGUGCCCUCCGGGGUGGCGCCGGGCGUGGAUAGACUUCCCGUCGUGGGGCGCGAGGCCGCCCGACGCAUCGUGGAAGAGGACCCGGAGUCCGAGAAAAAGGAUUAUCACAACCGGUUGAUUCGUCGCGCUCGAGCCAAGCAGCGGGGCAAAAACGGGUUGGUGGAGGAGUCGGGGACGGAGGCAGGCGAUGUUGAGAAGCCCCUGGCCGACGGUCAGAGCAAGGGCAAGAACGUGCAGCGCAACGGAAAGGAGCAGAAUGGUCAUAACAAUGGGGAACACGACGGCGCGGUGGGCGACGAGCACCACGAAGAGGAGCCCAAUGGGCAUGAGCAGGAGGAGGAGGAGCAGAACGGGAGGGAGACGCCCACCAGCAACGGGACCAGCAAGAAACCCGCUGCUGCCACGGUCGAGGAUGAGCCUAAAAGUGAUGACUGAACUCCCCAAACCGCAUUUCUCAACUGGCAUUUUCUAUACCCUGGAUAUUUGCAUUCUGUAUUUGAUGUUAUUGAACUAUUUCUUG